AACACUCAACAGGAUUCUCGGCUCGCUAAAGAAGAUUUCAUCCAAAAUGGCUGAACAAGAAGAGAUGAUGCCCACACAAGAUGCUGAGAGACAGGGGCAGGUUGCUGAUGGAGACUGUGCAGAGACUCAGGACCAAGCACUGGCCUUGAGGAGACCAGGCAAUCAGGACCAGACAACAGAUAUGAUGCCAGUUGCAGCAGUCAAUCAAUUGCAGCAGUCAGUGCAUCAGAUAUCUGGCUCUGGACACGUACCCAUCUUCAACCCAAAAGAUUGCACCAUCAAUAUCUACCAGUCCAAAGAUGAUGCACAUGCAUCACACCACUCUGGUCAUCCAUCAGUUGACAUAUCAGAGAAUUCACCAAGUACAUCACAGCAACCACCAACACGGCAUGUGGCCUCAGGUGCACAAGACUGCAGCACACCCAAACAGACGAAGUUUGACAAUCUGGCCCAAGAAGCCGCUGAUUGCUGUGAAGAUGCCCUGAAAUCAUACUACAGGGGGAAAGGUAGCUUUGUUAAGGUGCUUCCAUGGGAGGGCGAUGACAGGAAACACAUUACGGAAAUCUACACAAAGUUACAGUUGAUACUCGGUAAGGACAGAGUCAUGCUGGCAUCAUAUGACGAUAUAUUACAACGUAAGACAAAAGAGGGAGACCUGAUCCUAAUUGCUGUUUUAACUGGGUUGGCUGGUAGAGGAAAAACCACACUGUUUGACAAAAUUUCAUAUGAUUGGGCAGUUGGUUCUAGUCAGGUACUACGGAAGUAUAAACUAGUCUUCCUGUUGAAAAUGCACGCACUGGAGCAGAGUUCAGAUCUUGUUGAUUCAGUUUUUGACCAACUCUUGGCUAAAGAUACAAGUAUUGGAAGAGGUGCCCUGGACAUGUUUAUCAAGAAGAGUCCUGGAAAAGUCCUCGUUUUACUAGAUGGCUUUGAUGAGCUCAUGACUACCUCCUUGUGUGAAUCCUCGUUUGGUUCCAUCCUGGAGAUCCUUAAUGGAAAGAUGUUGAGGGGUUGUACUGUACUUGUAAGCACCCGCCCCUCACACUUUGACAGACUUGUAUCAGAGGAACUGGUUCAGGACCCAUUCACACAUGUCGAGGUCAUGGGUUUCAGUAGAGAGGAUGUCACCGAGUAUGUCAAUAAAUUUUUCACUGGGGAACCUGGCAAGGCCAAGGGGCUUCUUGAAACGAUUGGAUCGUCAGGCCUUCUGUCUACUUUAGCUGCAAGUCCUAUGCUUGUUCUUUUGAUGUGUGUAUUAUGGAGAAAAGAUGGCUCAUCACUCCAAGAAACAAUGUCAAGUCUGUAUGGUGAUGGAGUUUCAUACAUAUUCAAAAGAAGAAGACUGGACUCACAAGAUGAAAUAUCAAAAGUUAUGAUUGAAAUUGGCAAGGUUGCGUUGCAUGGUCUUCUUUCUCCUGAUCAGUCACUCUCUUUCAAAGAAAGUGACUUUGAGCCGAGUGUGCUUGACCUGGCUCUGAAGGCAGGUAUUCUGACCAGACAGAGAGUCCGCAAGGGACUACAGAGUCACAACUGUGUUCAGUUUAUGCACAAGACAUUCCAGGAGUUCUCUGCUGCUGCUUACUUGCAAAGUUUGUUAGAGGCAGACUCAGAGGAAUUUCAGAAGAUUUUGAAUGAAAUUAUGUCAACGGGUGCAGGGAGGUUUGAGUAUCUUCUGCGCUUUUGUUGUGGUGCCAGUGAGGCAUGUACAAAUAAGAUUCUGAAGGUAUUUCAGGUGAGGUGUCAGGAGGAGUUGUCAUUCAACUCAAUGGUGGGUCAGUUGGCACUUCAUUGUUUCUUUGAAGGUCAAUCCAAACGUUUGCCUCCAGAGGGAUUCAUACAUUCAUUCAUAACAGAUGAAAUUUACAUUCAUAGGCUUGACAGGGAUUGUCUGAACUCAGUCAGAUACUUUUUGAAAUGUGUUGCAGACCAGACAAAGGACAGUGCCAAUGCUUACCUUGCUAGAGUAAAGAAAUUGGCUGUUUCUUCUUGUAACUUGACAGGGUUUGUUAAGGAAUUAGCUCACAACAAGUGUGCAAUCACAAAUCUUAAUGCUGUAGAUGUCACGUCAUGCUUUUUGACCGGUAGCAACAUGGCAGAUAUUGCCGAGUCACUCAAGGAUCUACAUGUACCAAGCUUGGGUGAAUUGAAUCUUUCCCAGAAUGACCUGGGUCAGACAGCAGCAUCAUGGUGCAUGCAUUUAAAACGGUUGAAGUCCCUCACAAAGCUGGACUUGUGUGGCUGCUCAUUGAAUGGACAGGACAUCAAACGUGUUGCUGAGUCACUCGGGGAUCUACCCAACUUGGGUGAAUUGAAACUUUCUGGUAAUAACCUGGGUGGUACAGCAGCAUUAUGGUGCAUGCAUUUGAAGCACUUGAAGUCCCUUACAAAGCUGAGCUUGCGUAGCUGCUCAUUGAAUGGACAGGACAUCAAACAUGUUGCUGAGUCACUCAGGGAUCUACCCAACUUGGUUGCAAUGAAUGUUUCUGUUAAUAACCUGGGUGGUACAGUAGCAUUAUGGUGCAUGCAUUUAAAACAGUUUAAGUCCCUCGCAAAGCUGGGCUUGGAUGGCUGCUCAUUGAAUGGACUGGACAUCAAACAUGUUGCUGAGUCACUCAGGGAUCUACUUAACUUCAGUGAAUUGUAUCUUUCUGGUAAUAAACUGGUUGGUACAUCAGCAUUAUGGUGCAUGGAGGCAAAGCAGUUGAAAUCCCUCACAAAGCUGCACUUGGGUGAAUGCUCAUUGAAUGGACAGGACAUCAAACAUGUUGCUGAGUCACUCAGGGAUCUACCCAACUUGGCUGAAUUGAGUCUUCAUCGUAAUAACCUGGGUGGUACAGCAGCAUUGUGGCGCAUGGAGGUAAAGCAGCUGCUGCACCUUCAGACGCUGUGCCUCACGGGCUGUCAGCUGACAAAUGAAGACAUGAAACACAUUAAUGAGUCACUGAGUGACCUGAGGAAGAAUGGAUUAAAAAUUGACAUGCUGCCAGUAUGGUAUUAAUUGUUGUGAUCAGGAAUGCAUGUCGUUAUAACUGCCUGUUCAUUUAUUGCACCAUGAAAAAUAUGCAAAUUUUAAUGUCCUGGUAUGAAUAAUACGUUUUGCCAUAUACGUUGGUUUUGAAUAAAGUCUGUGGUCAAAGACCAAAAGCAUUAUCAUCUGAAGAGUCUACUGAGCAAAAAUGUAAUUCACUGGUCACUUAUUUUCUUUUAGCAGUUAAGGGUUGAUCUUAAACCUAGAAGCAAAAUUGAAAGAGGAGUGAUUUGAGUUAACAGAGAUUUCCUCAGUGGCAUAUUGUGGCUCCUUCAUUGGAACCGUUCAGAAAUUCUCAAACUCUUUUCUGUUGGAAGCUGCAUAUCACUGCACAUUGACAGUUAAAGAUGUGAAAGCAUAGACACUGUUGAUGUGGCACUGAUGGGUAUCUUAAAUUGGUUCGAACACAUUCUGCCUAUCAGCUGUUAGGUGAUCUUACCUUGAACAUUGCAUCGGUCUAUCUCUGCUGGUUUGUGUUUCCCCUGGGGGAGUGAGUCCCAGUCAUCUACCACUCUGUGUCUGAACACAUUCUGCCUAUCAGCUGUGAGUGUAUCUUUUAUUGAACUUGCCUCUGUCUGUCUCUGCUGGUUUUCUGUUUUCCAGGGGGAGUGAGUUCACCCUCUGUCUGACCACAUUGCGCCUAUCAGCUCCUCAUGUGUCUCUCUGUUUCUGCUGCUGUGUUUCUUUCCUGUACUAUCUCUCAUACAUUUGAAGAUCUUGUACUGACUCCAAGCCAAUUCAAUCACCCUCAUCAACUGAAAGUCAACAUUCCUUUGUCCCCUUAAUGUCUCCCCGGCCCAUACAGAAAGUCCCUUGGCCUUGUCAGGUUUGAACCCUUAGCUGCAUCAACUGACUUGAACUGUCUGCUCAGAUUAAUCAUUACAGUCAAAUUUGGACCUUCCCACAUUGAUGGGGAAAUAUCCAGCACAAAGUGCUGGUUAGUGGUGACAUUUUGUGAGUCUCAUUGUCAAAUUCUGUGAAAACACUUGUAAAGAUCUGCCCAAGCAAAUGAUUUCUGUAUUGGAUAGUUUAACUGCACUUUGCACAGUGUACCAAGGGGCACUACUGACAAUGUUGGAAUUUGUUUAAAUGCUAGUUACCCAGGAUAUUUUUCAGAGAGGGAGAUAUUUGCAAGAACUAUCUGUAGUCUGUGAAUAAUGAGGAUCCUUAUCUCUGUAUUCCAGUAACUUGACUGUGAAAUGUAACAGUUGUGAGCCUCAUUGUCAAGUUCUGUGUAGUGUGGUCAUUACUCUGCGGUAUGAUUUGGGAUAACACAUACAACUUGCCAAUCUCAUUAACUGUUAUAAUUGUAUACUACAUGAUAAAUUGUAAAUAUGCGAAUGCAAUUGAGAUUUGUUUAUUUUGUAUCAGUUGUUAAAUGAAUGUAUAAUAUUGCUGGAGAUUGCUUACUGACUGGAUUGAUACACAAAUCACAAAAUUUCUGUAAUAUUUUUGAAAUACUUAUAUUUGACAGAAUGAAAGAUCGUCGUCUGUUUCACCAAUGCACUUUUCCUGACGAUAUUUACUUAACAUUAUUUAAUAGUUGGUAAAUGUAAAAACAAAGCUAGGAAACCAGUUUUUAACUGUUUGGAAUACCCUGGGUAAAGAAAUGCAAUAAAUAAAUAAAAGAAGUAAAGUUAGAACUUAGAUGGCCAGACUUUUCAAUCGUAGCAGGGUCUUUCUCAAAUGCAAACAAAAAUAUGGUAGUGGUAUUGCAGCUUGGACGACUGCUCCGGCCAAUAUCGGUGAACAGCCUAGCCUCUACAGUCCUGAUCGCAGAUCUGUUUUGGCGGAAGUCUACCGCCAGGCCCAAAGCACACCACCAAAAGAACACCUGACACACUCGCUGUGACACCACCCAAGCGGACUGACCAGGGGGACUGGGGAAGGAUGGGGACCUCUCGGACACCAGAUCUAUGAUUCUAAAGGUUAUAUAUAUUCGCCUACCUAGGCGCCUUGUGAAUCCCUCACCUAUACAGGCUACUCAGCUGUAUUCCAACUAUUGAUUCAGGAAUUAUAAGAGUGAAUUGACUACGUUAACCUAACCCACACAAAGUAUGAGGCUCCCCCAAAGUGACUCAGUUAGAUAAUGAUUGACAUGAUUUGAUUGAUUAGGGACUUGGCAGGACGGCAACGGUUAUCCACCACACACACUGGUAUAAAGACUCCCUCUCUAUACAGCAGCCACCGUGGAAAAGAGAACGACGCUUAGUGUGUGGCGGCUUUUAUAGGGCGCGCACUGUGAGCUGGUGCCCCCACACCCUGUGCGAGAGCACGCGCACACCGCUGGCUACCAGCAAAAAAAAUGAGGUGCUCCCUCACUACCUCGCUAAAAUGAAUUGCGCUACAAUAUGUUCCUUCCUCUGCCCCGCCCCUAGCCCCUUUGAUCUUCACCUACUGUCACACUCCUUUGGUCCUCCCAGCCCCCUACCCCAUCCUCCUCUGUGUUCUCCUUCCACCCUUGCAUGCUUGUGCGCCCCUUACUUGUUCGUUUCUGUACCACUGUCAUUUUUGCCUUGCUGUGUGAAAGAUCCUGCCAGAAUCUGAAAUGUUAUGCUUUCUUAAUUGUUUUCAAACAGUUGUAUCCAUGGAAAUCAAUAAUCCAAUUACAGUAAAUGUCUGAAAUUGCUUUGGCUUUGUAAAUCAAACCAUAAGUAUUAUCGCUAAAAUUGUAUAAUUGUAAAUACUGCAAAUAUUUUGUUCAUCUGAAGUUUGGGCAAAGUGAGUCAUAUUUGUCCAUUUCUAUAACUUCUAUUUUGUAUCAAUAAUUUUGUACAUUUUAUAGCAGCCAAGUUGCCUUGCUUUUAUUCCGGAUCAUAAAAAUCAUGAAUUUGCCAUCAUUUGAUCCAGUACAAAUCAGAUUUGUUAUCUUUUUAAUAUCAGGAAUCACAUAUUGCAUGAUGUACAUUGUAUAGUGUUUACAAUGGGUCAGAUGUUUGUUAUUGCCAGAUGAAUGUUGCCUUUAUUAUGCACUGAAUGCCCGCAUCAUUAGC